UUCUUUUCCUGCUAAGAUCCUUUAAUUAAUAAGAGACUGCUGCCGUGAGCCAGCUGAAGCAAAAGGAAGGUUUCGUCAGCAAUUCCCAGUAAAUCAUGGUUCAGAUUAUUAAAGACAAGGAUGAAUUAAAAACAUUUUUGAAAGCCGCUGGAUGCAAACUUGUGGUGGUUGAAUUUUCAGCAAAAUGGUGUGGUCCUUGCAAAAGGAUUUAUCCUCUUAUUCGUGCAAUGUCUCUGCAGUAUGGAAAUGUGAUGUUUGCUAAUGUGGAUGUGGAUGAUUCUAAGGAGUUGGCCCAAGAGUAUCACAUCAACUCAGUACCCACAUUUCAGAUGUUCAAGCAAACCCAGAAGGUAACCCUAUUCUCAAGACUCAAAAGAGCAACUUGCUGCUAUGGAAAUGGAUUCGUGAGUGAGCCGAUUUUUGAAUUCUGUGGAGCUGAUGCUCAAAAAUUGGAAGCGAAGAUUCAAGAAUUAAUGUAAGCUGAUCUCCAAUAUGAAAUACAUUUGCAACUUUUUAAAAGGCCA